AUGUCUUCUCCCGUUCGCUAUCAGUUUCUCCCCGGCCCAGUCGGUGAGAUGCUGCGCUCCGCAUCGCUUGCCACUACGGCAGCCAUCCCGAUAAACGGCACCCUCAUCAUAACAACUGGACAUGUUGGGGUGAACCUGAAGACGGGAGAACUUGUAGCUAGCUCCGUGGAGGAAGAAUUCAACGCAGUCUUUGACUGUAUCGAUGCCGCACUCCGAAACGCCGGAGUGAGCAAGGGCCUCGGUUCAGCCCACAAGUUGACGGCUUACUUUACUCGUGCUGAAGAUGAGGCAACUAUGCUGGCACUCUUGCGCAAGCGCUGGCCGGGUCAUACCCCGACCUUGACAUCGGUGGUGGUUGCGGCUCUCGUCAACCCCGGAAUGCACUUGGAGCUUCAGGCGGAGGCAAUCGCAGACUAG